UCAUAUAUAAAAGCUUUUCCAUUUCAUUUUCAGUCUCGCUCUUCACAGCAAUCUAAACUCUUUCUCUCUCUGCAGUCGGCGGCGAGAGAUCUGUCUACACUACCUUCAAAGUCUUCCUUCUAAGAGUUCAACAUGGGAAAGGAAAAGGUUCACAUUAACAUCGUGGUUAUUGGUCAUGUCGACUCUGGAAAGUCCACCACCACUGGCCAUUUGAUCUACAAGCUUGGUGGUAUUGACAAGCGUGUCAUUGAAAGGUUUGAGAAGGAGGCUGCUGAGAUGAACAAGAGGUCAUUCAAGUAUGCCUGGGUGCUUGACAAGCUCAAGGCUGAGCGUGAACGUGGUAUCACCAUUGAUAUUGCCUUGUGGAAAUUUGAGACCACCAAGUAUUACUGCACGGUUAUUGAUGCUCCAGGACAUCGUGACUUUAUCAAAAACAUGAUUACUGGUACUUCACAGGCUGACUGCGCCGUCCUUAUCAUUGACUCUACCACUGGUGGCUUCGAAGCUGGUAUUUCCAAGGAUGGUCAGACCCGUGAGCAUGCUUUACUUGCCUUCACCCUUGGUGUCAAGCAAAUGAUUUGCUGCUGCAACAAGAUGGAUGCCACCACACCUAAAUACUCAAAGCCCAGGUAUGAUGAAAUUGUGAAGGAAGUGUCAUCCUACAUCAAGAAGGUUGGAUACAACCCUGACAAGAUCCCAUUUGUUCCCAUCUCUGGUUUUGAGGGUGACAACAUGAUUGAGAGGUCUACCAACCUUGAUUGGUACAAGGGCCCAACCCUCCUUGAAGCUCUUGACCAGAUUCUGGAGCCAAAGAGGCCCUCAGACAAGCCCCUCCGUCUCCCACUUCAGGACGUCUACAAGAUUGGUGGUAUUGGAACUGUUCCUGUUGGCCGUGUGGAGACUGGUGUUCUCAAGCCUGGUAUGGUUGUCACCUUUGGCCCAUCUGGUUUGACAACUGAGGUCAAGUCCGUUGAGAUGCACCAUGAAGCCCUUCAGGAGGCUCUUCCUGGUGACAAUGUUGGGUUCAACGUCAAGAAUGUUGCCGUCAAGGAUCUCAAGCGUGGUUACGUUGCUUCCAACUCCAAGGAUGACCCUGCCAAGGGUGCUGCCAGCUUCACUUCCCAGGUCAUCAUCAUGAACCACCCUGGUCAGAUUGGAAAUGGAUAUGCCCCAGUGCUCGACUGCCACACAUCCCACAUUGCUGUUAAGUUUGCCGAGCUCCAGACCAAGAUUGACAGGCGUUCUGGUAAGGAGCUGGAGAAGGAGCCCAAGUUCUUGAAGAAUGGUGAUGCUGGUCUUGUUAAGAUGAUUCCCACCAAACCCAUGGUUGUAGAGACUUUCUCCGAAUACCCACCUCUUGGUCGUUUUGCUGUCAGAGAUAUGCGCCAGACAGUUGCUGUUGGUGUCAUCAAGAAUGUGGACAAGAAGGAUCCAAGUGGUGCCAAGGUCACCAAAGCUGCGGCUAAGAAGGGUGCCAAGUGAAGAAAAUUUCGGUCAGAUGAUAUGCUUUUUAUUAAUCAAAUUAGUUAUUUUCAAGGCAUCUUUUGCAGUUUUGAUUAUUAUGGUUCAAACAGAUGCUCUACUUGUUUUGCCAUUUCUUGUUUUGGUUUUAUUGCUUGAAGAUGAGUUGUAGGCCAAUGUUCGAACAGAUAUUUUAUUCUGUUUUAAUACAAGUCUUUUGUCCUUUUUCAAUC